AUGGGUGACAUCCCUAAAGAUCAUGGACGUGGUGAUUGGGGCCGUGGUCGAGGUGAUCGCGGUCGGGGGGAUCGUGGUCGUGGCUCCGAUGGUGGUCGCGGUCGCGGUGCCUUACCCUUCCGCCCAGCUGGCAGAGGAGAUGGGGAUCGUGGGGGUUUCCGCGGGGACUUUCGAGGCCGCGGUGGUGACAAAGGUCGUGGUGACUUUCGUGGCCGUGGUGACUUCCGUGGUCGCGGCAGAGGAGAUGGGGGUGGACGUGGACGCGGGGAUUUUAUUGGACACGGCCGUGGAGGACGCGGUGGAGUUAUGAACUACGGCCCUCCCAUUUUCAGACAAGACGAGCCUAUUCCACAGCCUAGCACCGUGGUUACUAAGACCGAGGAUGAUGUCGCCAAAGCCCUCACUAUCAGCGGUGCAAAGGCUCCCAGACAAGCUAAAUAUCCCGAACGUCCUGGUUACGGCACUGUCGGCAGGCCGGUGACUUUAUAUGCCAACUACCUGCCCUUGACCCUGCCUAACAAGCAGCUGUUCCGCUAUCAUAUUACGAUCGCGGCCGACGCUGCGGGCCGAACUGCACCAGUGGGCAAAAAGGCCGGGCACAUUGUGUCUCUGCUGUUGGAAGAGCACUUCGCCCAGCAAAAGGGCAGCAUUGCGUCGGACUUUCGCUCUACGCUUGUGUCUUGUGUUAAGCUGGCGGAGGGUUCCUUCGAUGUGAGAUAUAAGGAGAAUCUGCUGGAUGAUUACCCCGAAGCUCCCCGUGUGCACAAGGUCACUGUGCAGUACACUGGUGUGGUCAACCCGGCUGACUUGCUGAACUACUUGACUUCCACCAAUGCCGGUGCGAUCUUGGACUCUAAGUCUGAGAUCCUCAGUGCUUUGAACAUGAUCUUGGGACACCACCCUAAGGCCGACGACAGUGUCGUCUCUGUCGGAGCUAAUAGACACUAUAGUUAUCGCGAAGGUAUCAAGGAGUCAUACAACCUCGGCGGCGGCCUGUCGGUUCUCCGUGGAUUCUUCGUCAGUGUGCGUGCCGCCACGGCUCGCGUCCUCUUGAACGUGCAGGUCAAGUACCUCGCCUGCUACGAUGAAGGACCCCUGGCCAAUAUUAUCCAAAGCUACGGCGGCCGAAACACAUAUCUUCUGGAGAAGUUCCUCAAGAGCGUCCGCGUCCGUAUCACGCACAUCGCCCGCAAGAACAGCCGCGGUGAGUCCCGUCCUCGCAUUAAGCCUAUAUAUGGACUUGCCAACCGCGGUGACGGUGGUAAAUCUCCCAACGCACCCAAGGUUGCUCGCCAUGGUGCAGGUCCUGCUGAGGUGGAAUUCUUCCUUGCCGAAGCUGGCCCUAAGCCUGGCCCGCCCAGCGCUGCGCCUAAGCCCAAAGGAAAGAAGGCACCCAAGGCCGGUCCUGCGGAGCCUGGACGCUGGAUCACCGUUGAAACCUUCUUCAAAAAGGAGUACAACCUCUCUUUGAACCCAGGUUUGCCAGUGGUCAAUGUCGGAUCUCGCGAUAAGCCUGUCUAUCUCCCUGUUGAGGUCUGCGAGGUCGAGCCCGGUCAGCCAGCCAAGUCGAAGCUGUCCGGUGACCAGACUGCCCAGAUGCUCCGCUUCGCCGUGAUGGGUCGUAAGCCAGGCCAGAACGCGCACUCCAUCGUUACUAAGGGUGUUGGCGCCCUAGGACUGGACCCUCUGAACUCCACCCUGUCUGCCUUCGGUGUCAGCUCCUCCACGGAGCUCAUCACUGUUCCUGGUCGCGUCCUCCCACCACCAAGCAUCUUCUACAAGAACGGCAAGCAAACCAGGGAAAUCCGAACUAUGGCUGGCAGCUGGAACAUGAAACAAAUCCAGUUCUCCCAAGCCAAGCCAAUGAAGUCCUGGGUCUACCUCCAUGUCGACCACCAAAACGCCCGCCCGAUCUUCAACGGCCCCGAUGCGCUGGACUCGUCUCUCCAGGGCUUCCGCAAGACCCUCAGAGACAUGGGCAUGGCAGUCGACGGCCACAAAGGCGGCAAGCGCGUAGUCCUAACAGGACGCAACGAUGCAGCCGAUAUCGAAAAUGCCAUCCUCGACCUGCAAAAGCAGUUCAACCCAAUCUUCAUCCUAGGCAUAUUCUACGCAAAGGACACAGGCAUCUACAACUGCGUCAAGCAGGUCUGUGACGUCCGCUGCGGCAUCCGCAACGUAAACGUAUUGGCCGAAAAGCUUCGCGGCUCUAACGACCAGUACAACGCGAAUGUGGGCCUGAAAAUCAACCUCAAACUCGGCGGUGCAAACCAAAGCCUCCGCACCGCCGACCUCGGCAUCAUCUCCGAAGGAAAAACAAUGCUAGUCGGCAUAGAUGUCACCCACCCAUCCCCAGGCUCUGCCAGCACAGCUCCUAGCGUGGCGGGUAUCGUCGCCUCCGUCGACUCAACCCUAGCGCAAUGGCCCGCGGAAAUCCGCGUCCAAGGCGCGCGCCAGGAAAUGGUCGCCGAUCUCGAAACCCUCCUUGUCUCCCGCCUCCAACAUUGGGCUAAAUGCAACAAAAAGGCCCUGCCCGAGAACAUCAUCGUCUACCGCGACGGCGUCUCAGAAGGCCAAUACAACAAAGUCAUCGAGGAGGAACUCCCCCUCCUCCAAGCCGCCUGCAAAAAGACAUACCCAGCAACGCUGACAGCAAAGGGCCUCCCACGCCUUUCAAUCGUCAUCGUCGGCAAACGCCACAACACCCGCUUCUACCCAACAACCGACCAAGAUUCCAACCGCGAAAAUCCAAUCCCGGGAACAGUCAUCGACCGCGGCGUCUCCGAAGCCCGCGACUGGGACUUCUACCUGCAAGCCCAUUCCGCACUGCAGGGAACUGCCCGUCCAGCGCACUAUUUCACCGUCUGGGAUGAGAUCUUCUACCCUCGUCACCCGGGGAAGUCGGGGGAACCAGGUGCGGCGGAUGUGUUGCAAGAUUUGACGCAUAAGAUGUGUUAUAUGUUUGGGCGGGCGACGAAGGCUGUUAGUGUUUGUCCGCCGGCUUAUUAUGCUGAUUUGGUCUGUACAAGAGCCAGGUGUUUCCUUUCUGAUCUUUUUGAUCCCUUGCCUGUUGAUGCUUCGGGUAGGAGUAUUAGUGGUGUGACGGAUGGGACGGCGGAUUUGUCUAGGAUGGUUGAUGUUGGUGUUCAUCCUAAUAUUGCGGAGACUAUGUUUUAUAUUUAG